AUGGCUAUCGGAUUAGCAGUCCGGGCGGGCGACAUAGGCUACCACGAUGACGGCCCACUUCAAGUCGCAUACAUACUUUUGCGGCCAUGUGCUAUGUUCGAGGUUGCAAUGAUAGCCGAAUAUUGGGUGGAGAGCUUGCCUUCGCAGAUACUCACUCCCGACAGUUUUGCGGGAAAGCUGAGAAACGCAUCGGAAACGAGCAGCCUCUUCGUGGUCAUCGGAGUUGCCAACGGAGGGCUUGUAUCGUUGCUUGGCGUGAUGACGUUCUUCGCUCGGACUUGGCCCCAGCAGGCGGCCGACAUUUUUGUUGUCGGCGGCAUCCUUACCGCGGGUUCACCUUCGUCGAGGACUUUCUAUUCCAAGGCCAAGAGGAAUCUGUGGAUACAAGCCGCGGCGUUGAGCGGUGUGGGCUGCUUCCCUAUGCUCGUUAUCGCCAUAAAGCUCCUCACCAUGGCUGGACGAAGUACCCCUAUCAUCCUAGAGACACUGCAGGUACCGCACCGACCGUUCGAGAAAAGAGCCCUCGGAAACCGAUCAAAGUAA